GUGACGUGUAAACAACAUGGCGACUCAGUGCUGAGGUAGCAGCCCCAACAAAGUCGGUGGAUAGACACACCGAUAGCCUGGUUUCGUUAGCAUUUCUCUCGCCUGCAUCUACGCAGGGUCAGGCCAGAGAUGCCGGCCUGAGAGAGCAGCAGUUAUAUCAAAAGAUGCAACAGCAACAACGUCUUGCUCAACAACAACAGCAGAAGCAGACGGAAAGCACAAAAACCAAGAGCAUGUUUCUGUCUAGGGCGCUGGAAAAAAUCCUGUCGGAUAAGGAGUUGAAGCGGAGCCAGCACAGCCAGCUGCGUAAAGCAUGCCAAGUGGCUCUUGAUGAAAUUAAAAUCGAGCUUGAGAAGCAAAAAGAUGGCACAGUGGUCCCGCCCCGAGCAAACUACAUUGAGGCUGACAAAUAUGUGCUACCUUUUGAGCUUGCCUGCCAAUCUAAGUCCCCACGCAUUGUCAGCACCUCGUUGGACUGCUUACAGAAGCUCAUUGCGUAUGGCCACAUCACAGGCAACGCCCCUGACAGUAGUGCUCCAGGAAAGAGGCUCAUCGACCGGCUGGUGGAGACCAUCUGUAACUGUUUCCAGGGCCCACAGACAGACGAGGGGGUGCAGCUGCAAAUCAUUAAGGCUCUCCUGACUGCAGUGACCUCCCCUCACAUUGAGAUCCACGAGGGGACUGUUCUACUGACUGUGCGUACCUGUUACAACAUCUACCUGGCCAGCCGCAACCUCAUCAACCAGACCACCGCCAAGGCCACACUCACACAGAUGCUCAAUGUGAUCUUCAUCCGCAUGGAGACACAGGCAGCUCUGGAGUCUCACGAACAGGAGAAGGAUAGACUGUGUUUGCCCCAUCAGAACCCUUCCACUUCCCCUGGGCGGAUGUGCGGUUCCCCCCGGUCAGACCACACCCUAGACUUAAGCGGGACGCCCUCUCCUGCGGCCAGCACCCCAGACCUCCAUACCAUGCCCCUGGCCCCAGACACACCCUCCAUCAAUGGCCAACCAGAGGAGUGCAAGACUGAGGAGGAUGUGGCUGUUACAGAGGAGAAAAGGGAAGAGACACCACCUCCAGUUUUUGAGGAUCCAGUUUCAGAGACCCCAACAACAGUAAAACAGCCAGUCGAGGAAGGGCAUGAGGUGGGGCAGGGGGAGAAAUCAGAAGUAGGAGAGGAGGAGAAACCAGAAGUCGAUUCAAAGCCAACAGAGCAACCAACGAGUGAGGUGGUAGAGGAAGUGGCUCCAGCACCUGAACCAGAGCCACAGCCCCAGACCGUACCAGAAGGGGAUCAUCUCCCUGAGCAGACAGAGGUGGCGCCCCCUAGACCCAGGACAGAUACGAACCAAAUGAACGGCAUUAUGGAUGACCGUGGUUCAGUGUCCUCUACGGACAUCCUGGAUGCGGAGUCUAUGCAGGGUGGCCAGAACACUGCUCGUUUCUCCCACAUUCUGCAGAAAGACGCCUUCCUAGUCUUCCGCUCCCUCUGCAAGCUCUCCAUGAAGCCCCUGGCAGACGGACCCCCGGACCCAAAGUCUCAUGAGCUGCGCUCCAAAGUGGUGUCCCUACAGCUGCUGCUGUCUGUGCUCCAGGGGGCGGGGCCUGUCUUCCGCACCCACGAGAUGUUUGUCAAUGCCAUCAAGCAGUACCUGUGUGUGGCCCUCUCGAAAAACGGGGUGUCCUCUGUGCCCGAGGUGUUUGAGCUCUCCCUCGCCAUCUUCCUCACCCUGCUCUCCCACUUUAAAGUCCACCUCAAGAUGCAGAUCGAGGUGUUUUUCAGGGAGAUUUUCCUGACCAUCCUGGAAACAUCAUCCAGCUCCUUUGAACACAAGUGGAUGGUCAUUCAGACCCUCACACGGAUAUGUGCAGAUGCUCAGUGUGUGGUGGAUAUCUACGUAAACUACGACUGUGACCUGAACGCUGCAAACAUCUUUGAGCGGCUGGUGAACGAUCUAUCUAAGAUUGCCAUGGGGAGGAGUGGCCAGGAGCUGGGGAUGACCCCUCUACAGGAGCUGAGUCUGCGUAAGAAGGGUCUGGAGUGUUUGGUGUCCAUUCUGAAAUGCAUGGUGGAGUGGAGCAGAGACAUGUAUGUCAACCCCAACCUGCAGGCCAACCUCGGCCAGGAGCGGUCGUCAGAUGGUGAGGGUCCGGAGCUGAAGCUUCCUGACCACCUGGCGUCUCGUAGAGACAGCGUCAGUUCUCUGGACUCCACCAUGUCAUCUAGUGUCCAGUCCUCCCAGCCUGACCACCCAGAACAGUAUGAGGUCAUCAAACAACAGAAGGAUGUCAUCGAGCACGGCAUUGAGCUUUUCAACAAAAAGCCCAAGCGAGGUGUCCAGUUCUUACAAGACCAAGGCAUGCUGGGAAACACAGCAGAGGACAUUGCCCAGUUUCUGCACCAAGAGGAGCGCCUGGACACAACCCAGGUGGGGGAAUACCUGGGGGAGAAUGUGCGUUUCAACAAGGAGGUGAUGUACAGCUAUGUGGACCAGCUGGACUUCUGUGGCCGGGACUUUGUCUCUGCUCUGAGGGCUUUCCUGGAGGGCUUCCGGCUCCCAGGAGAGGCCCAGAAAAUUGACAGGCUCAUGGAGAAGUUCGCUGCCCGAUAUCUGGAGUGUAACCAGGGACAGACUGAGUUUGCCAGUGCAGACACAGCCUACGUCUUGGCCUACUCCAUCAUCAUGCUCACCACCGACCUGCACAGUCCACAGGUGAAGAACAAAAUGACCAAGGAGCAGUACAUCAAAAUGAACCGUGGAAUCAAUGACAGUAAGGACCUGCCUGAGGAGUACCUGUCCUCCAUAUACGAUGAGAUCGCUGGCAAGAAGAUCGCCAUGAAGGACAGCAAGGAGCACACUAUCACACCCAAGACUAGCAAGCACAGUGUAGCCACUGAGAAGCAGCGUCGUCUGCUAUAUAACGUGGAGAUGGAACAGAUGGCCAAGACAGCCAAGGCCCUGAUGGAGGCUGUGAGCCACGCCCAGGCUCCCUUCUUCAGCGCCACCCACCUGGAACACGUCCGGCCCAUGUUUAAGUUGGCGUGGACCCCUCUCCUGGCAGCCUUCAGCGUGGGGCUGCAGGACUGUGAUGACCAGGAGGUGGCCUCUCUGUGUCUGGAGGGGAUCCGCUGUGCCAUCAGGAUCACCUGUAUCUUCAGUAUGCUGUUGGAGAGGGAUGCUUAUGUCCAAGCCUUGGCUCGGUUCACCCUGCUCACAGCCAGCUCCAGCAUCACUGAGAUGAAGCAGAAGAACAUUGACACCAUCAAGACCCUUAUCACUGUGGCCCACACAGACGGAAACUACCUGGGCAACUCUUGGCACGAGAUCCUGCGGUGUAUCAGCCAGCUGGAGUUGGCCCAGCUGAUUGGCACGGGGGUGAAGACACGCUACAUCUCUGGAGUGGUCCGGGACAGUCAGACCGGCAUCAAGGGUUUCCCAAUCGGGGGAGAGGAGUUCAUGCCCCUGGGACUGGGGACCCUAGUGGGAGGUCCAGACAGGAGGCAGAUGGCUCAUAUCCAGGAGUCAGUGGGAGAGACCAGCUCUCAGAGCGUGGUGGUGGCUGUAGACAGGAUCUUCACUGGUUCCACAAGGCUGGAUGGAAAUGCAGUUGUGGACUUUGUGCGGUGGUUAUGUGCGGUCUCCAUGGAUGAACUGGCCUCUACUCACCAGCCGAGGAUGUUCAGUCUGCAGAAGAUAGUAGAGAUCUCCUACUACAACAUGAACCGCAUCCGUCUGCAGUGGUCACGCAUCUGGCAGGUCAUCGGAGACCACUUCAACAAGGUGGGCUGCAACCCCAACGAGGACGUGGCCAUAUUUGCCGUGGACUCUCUGAGGCAGCUGUCCAUGAAGUUCCUGGAGAAAGGAGAGCUGGCUAACUUCCGCUUCCAGAAGGACUUCCUCCGGCCAUUUGAACACAUCGUGAAGAAGAACAGAUCUCCCACUAUCAGGGACAUGGUGAUCCGCUGUGUGGCCCAGAUGGUCAACUCCCAGGCAGCCAACAUCCGCUCCGGCUGGAAGAACAUCUUCUCUGUGUUCCACCAGGCCGCCUCGGAUCACGACGAGAACAUUGUGGAGCUGGCCUUCCAGACUACUGGCCACAUAGUCAUGAACACGUUUCAGCAGCACUUUGCAGCAGCCAUAGACUCCUUCCAGGAUGCAGUGAAGUGUCUGUCUGAGUUUGUGUGCAACGCUGCCUUCCCUGACACCAGUAUGGAGGCCAUCCGGCUCAUACGCCACUGUGCUAAAUAUGUGGCUGAACGGCCGCAGGCUCUGCGGGAGUACACCAGUGAUGACAUGAACGUAGCCCCAGGGGACCGGGUGUGGGUGAGAGGCUGGUUCCCCAUCCUCUUUGAGCUGUCCUGCAUCAUCAACCGCUGCAAGCUGGACAUCAGGACAAGGGGUCUGACUGUGAUGUUUGAGAUUAUGAAGAGCUAUGGACACACCUUUGAAAAGCACUGGUGGCACGACCUUUUCCGCAUCGUCUUCCGCAUCUUCGACAAUAUGAAGCUCCCUGAGCAGCAGACGGAGAAGCAUGAGUGGAUGACCACGACCUGUAACCACGCCCUGUACGCCAUUUGUGACGUCUUCACCCAGUUCUAUGAGCCUCUCAGUGAAGUCCUGCUGGCUGACAUCUUCACUCAGCUGCAGUGGUGUGUCAGACAAGAUAAUGAGCAGUUGGCCCGGUCAGGGACUAACUGCCUAGAGAACCUGGUCAUCCUGAAUGGGGAGAAGUUUAGCCCAGAGGUGUGGAACGUCACCUGCUCCUGUAUGCUGGACAUCUUCCAGACCACCAGCCCACACGUCCUAUUGACAUGGCGACCAGCUGGUCAGGAAGAGGAGGCUGGUGAUGGGAAACAUAUGGAUGUAGAUUUUGACACCCAAUCCCAGAGCAGCUAUGACAGAGCCCUGUCAGAGAGAGGAGGUCAGAGCCAAAUGUCCACUGCCAGCGAUGAGACCUGGAAGGGUAAACCCCAUGCCAGAGUGUCAGACCAGAAGCUGUUUGCUGGACUGCUCAUCAAGUGUGUGGUGCAGCUGGAGCUGAUCCAGACCAUUGACAACAUUGUCUUCUACCCGGCAACCAGCAAGAAGGAAGAUGCCGAAAAUAUGGCUUCUGCACAGAGGGAUGCUCUGGAGGAGGCUGCAGAGGAAGGGGACCCUGGGCAGGGGGAGCAGGGCAUGUACAGACACCUCUCCUCCCAGCACCUUUUCAAGCUGCUGGACUGCUUGCUGGAGUCACACACCUUUGCCAGAGAUUUCAACUCUAACAACGAGCAGAGGACUGCACUCUGGAGAGCAGGAUUUAAGGGGAAGUCGAAGCCCAAUCUGCUAAAGCAGGAGACCAGUAGCCUGGCCUGUAGCCUGCGUAUUCUGUUCCGCAUGUACUGUGACCGGCAGCUCCAGGACUCCUGGCCUGACAUCCAGACACGACUGCUGCUCGUGUGCAGCGAGGCCCUGGCCUACUUUAUCAGCCUGACCUCUGAGAGCCACAGAGAGGCCUGGACAAGCCUGCUCCUCCUGCUGCUCACCAGGACUCUUCGACUGACCGACAUCAAGUUCAAGCCUCAUGCCUCCUGUUACUACCCGCACCUGUGUGAGAUGAUGCAGUUUGACCUGAUCCCAGAGCUCCGCGCCGUCCUACGCCGUUUCUUCCUCCGCAUCGGCUCCGUCUUCCACAUCGCUGCUCCUGAGAUGGGCCAGCCACGGCCCCCGGCGCCCUAGGAGGGUCUGGAGAUGGAAUGGGGAGGCUGGUGGGACUCUGAGGUGUAUGAGAGCUCCCCUAUCAGAAGUAGGGGAGUGUGUAGUGAUGCAAGAGAUCGAAGCAAAGAUUGUUACCCUCAGGGGCAGAUGCUUUGAGAGUCAUCAGUUCCUGUUUGGAGUGUUGGUGAUAAGUUCCGGUGCCCUACUGACUCCCCCUAGAAGCCCCUGCUGGGAGAAAAGCACUGUGACGGGACAGAGCUCUACUAGCUGUUUCUCAACACUCUGACGUUAAAUGUCAAAUGUAAUGGAAAAUUAACUACAAUUAUUUAUUGAUGCUAUUAUAUAUAUAUAUAUAUAUAUAUAUAUAUAUAUAUAUAUACAUACAUACAUACAUACAUACAUACAUACAUACAUACAUACAUACAUACAUACAUACAUACAUACAUACAUACAUACAUACAUACAUACAUACAUACAUACACACACACACAGUGCAUUCAGAUAGUAUUCAGACCCCUUGACUUUUUCCACAUUUUGUGUUCCAUCCUUAUUCUAAAAUGGAUUAAAUCGUUUUUCCCCCUCAUCCAUCGACACACAAUAAUACCCCAUAAUGAUAUAGCAAAGAGGUUUUUAGAAAUUUUUGCAAAUGUAUUAAAAAUAUUUUUUUUAACUGAUCACAUUUACAUAAGUAUUCAGACCCUUUACUCAGUACUUUGUUGAAUCUUCUUGGGUAUGAUGCUACAAGCUUGGCACACCUGUAUCCUCUCAAAUUCAGUCAGGUUGGAUGAGGAGCGUUGCUGCACAGCAUUUUCAGUUCUCCAGAGAUGUCGGAUCAGGUUCAAGUCCGUGCUCUGGCUGGGCCACUCAAGGACAUUCUGAGACUUGUCCCGAAGCCACUCCUGCGUUGUCUUGGCUGUGUGCUAAGAGUUGUUGUCCUGUUGGAAGGUGAACAUUUGCCCAAGUCUGAGGUCCUGAGCACUCUGGAGCAGGUUUUCAUCAAGGAUCUCUCUGGACUUUGCUCCGUUCAACUUUCCCUCAAUCCUGACUAGUCUCCCAGGCCCUGCCUCUGAAAAGCAUCUCCACAGCAAGAUUUUUUAUUUUUUUUAUCCUUUAUUUAACUAGACAAGUCAGUUAAGAACAAAUUCUUAUUUUCAAUGACGGCCUAGGAGCAGUGGGUUUAACUGCCUGUUCAAGGGAAGAACGACAGAUUGUACCUUGUCAGCUUGGAUUCGAACUUGCAACCUUUCGGUUACUAGUCCAACGCUCUAACCACUAUACUACCCUGCCGCCCCGAUGCUGCCACCACCAUGCUUAGGGAUGGUGUCAGGUUUCCUCCAGGUGUGACUUGGCAUUCAGGCCAAAGAGUUAAAUCUGGGUUUCAUCAGACCAGAUAAUUUUGUUUCUCAUGGUGUGAGAGUCUUUAGAUGCCUUUUGGCAAUCUCCAAACGGGCUGUCAUGUGCCUUUUACUGAGAAAUGGCUUUCGUCUGGCCACUCUACCAUAAAGACCUGAUUGGUGGACUGCUACAGAGAUGGUUGUCCUUCUGGAAGAUUCUCCCAUCUCCACAGAGGAACUCUGGAGGUCUGUCAGAGUGACCAUCGGGUUCUUGGUCACCUCCCUGGCAAAGGCCCUUCUCCCCAGAUUGCUCAGAUAGGCCGGGCUGGCCAGAUCUAGGAAGAGUCUUGGUGGUUCCAAACUCCUUUCAUUUAAGAAUGAUGGAGGCCACUGUGUUCUUGGGGACCUUCAAUGCUGCAGAAAUGUUUUUGGUACCCUUCCCCAGAUCUGUGCCUCAACACAAUCCUGUCUCGGAGCUCUACGGACAAUUCCUUUGACCUCAUGGCUUGGUUUUUGCUUACAUGCACUGUCAACUUUGGGACUUUAUAUAGACAGGUGUGUGCCUUUCCGAAUCAUGUCCAAUCAAUUGAAUUUACCACAGGUGGACUCCAAUCAAGUUGUAGAAACGGCUCAAGGAUGAUCAAUGGAAACAGGAUGCACCUGAGCUCAAUUUUGUUUUAUUUUUUUAUUAAUGUGCAAAAAUGAGUAAACCUGUUUUCACUUUGUCAUUAUGGGGUAUUGUGUGUAGAUUGAUAUGGAACAUUUAAAAAAAAAAAUAAUAAUAAUAAUAAUAAUAAUAAUUUUAGAGUAAGGCUGUAAUGUAACAAAAUGUUGAAAAAGUCAAGGGGUCUGAAUUCUCUCCGAAGGCACUGUGUGUGUGUGUAUAUAUAUAUAUCUAUCCUGUACCUGAUUUUGUUUGUCCCAGUUGUUGAUUUGAUUACUUUCUGUUUUUAAGACUGAACAAACAUGCAUAUCCAAAUGCUAAAGCAAAUAAAGAAUAAUUACUGAAUAUGCUGAAAAGUUCACUGGCAGAGAGGCUCAUUGGAAACCUGCGUCGAUAAGCAAAUGAUAAUACAGUAAAGUAUCCUCAGUGUCUCCCAUUGUGAUGCGCUUGUUGAUCUGAUCCAAAAAUAUUGUAACUGAUAGGCCUGAUACCAAGGCUCAUCCCUAUUACUGUCCCUUUUCGUUAUGUAAAAUGUCUUCAUUUGAUGUUAUUGGUGGUUGGUUUUUGGCCUCCUGUGUUAUUUGUAUUGUAGUACAAUCUGUAUUGAGCGUCCCCCUCUGGGAUGACCAUUGAUGGGAAUGGCUUGCUAUGUUCGGGGCUCCACGGGUUCCAGAGAGAGUCCUAAUGGAUAAGCCCUAUGGCUGCACUUGUUGGGUUGUUCCCCUGCCACCAUUCCCCAUUAAUUACAUUGUGUGAAUCACUAUGGCCUGUUUUAACAUUCCCUAUUUUACUCAUUUGUUAUUUUAUAGUGAUUAUUACAUGCCAGUUUACUUGAGGGUCUUGUUGAAAGGCUACUGCAUGUUCUUUUUCACAUUUCUUAUGUUUUCUCCCCAAACUGAGUAUUGGAGGGUUCCAAUGUUCUGAGUGCAAAAAUUUAUGAAUUGCUAUUUUCUAGAUUCUAUUGUCCUGUAAAGAUCUACAAGGCAAAGCCCAUGGUAUAUAGCAAGGAUGAGAUUUUAUUAUCCCAUCAAACGGUUCUAUUUUUCUAUUUUCCCUGUUCUGUUUUACACCUAUGGAGUCUGUGUGAACAGAGCCCUCUCAUGUAUUAACUUUCCAGUACUUUCUCAGCCUGUCAGUGAAAAUACACCAGACAGGAGAAAGAAUGAAGCAAAACCAAACGUUACUCCUAAACAUGUCGGUGUAUAGCUAUCAACUUUACCAUUUGUAGUUUAAUACUGUCUACAUUUUUUUUUUAAACAAGGAUGUAUGUAAUUAUUUGAAAUGCAUUUAAAUAUUUUUGAGAAGCAUUCCUCCCCCUUCCAACUAUGGAAUUCUACUUUUCCCUAAAGAAUGGGGAUCUAUAUAUAAAUACACAGUAUAUGGGAGAAAUACAAACUGUAAAAUAAAUAUACAUAUAAGUGCUAUACAUAUUGUGAUGUAAUCUUCCAAGCAUUUGGUGAAGUAUUCAAUAAACCUUGAAUUCAGAUCUAUAGCAGCA